UACCUGCUUAAUUGGAUUUCGAUUCUUUCUAGUCAUGGUUUCUAAAGCUUUUUCCCUCUUCUCUUUGAUCAGUGUUCUCCUACUUGGUCUCAUUCCCCUCCUUUCUCAUGCAAGAACUCCACCAGGCUGGGAUGAUCGAAAAACAUCACCCUUUGGGUUUCUCAACCAUCUUCAGGGAUGUCACAAGGGUGACAAGCUCAAAGGCAUCCAUGACCUCAAAAUGUACCUUGAACACUUUGGUUAUUAUCGCCAAACCAAAAAUAGCACCCAUGCCAACGAUGAUGAUUUUGACGAAAUCUUGGAAUCUGCCGUGAGAACUUACCAACUCAAUUACCAUCUCAAUGCCACUGGGAUUUUGGAUGCUGAAACAGUAUCAAAGAUGAUGAUGCCUCGUUGUGGUGUGGCAGAUAUUUUCAAUGGUACAAAUCCGAUGCAAUCAAACAAGAAGAGACAUCAUCACCGCCAUGACUCAUUUCAUGCCGUCUCUCACUAUAGCUUUUUCUCUCCGGAUGCUCCAAAGUGGCCUGCCUCAAAGUAUCAUCUCACUUACAGCUUUCUCAAUGGAACCCCAGCUCAAGCCAUGAGUCCCAUUGCACAAGCUUUUCAAACAUGGGCAGCAAACACUCAUUUCACUUUCUCGCAAGCUCGAGGCUUUUCAAAAGCAGAUAUCACUAUUGAUUUUAGUAGGAGGGCGCAUGGAGAUGGGAAUAUUAAUGAUUUUGAUGGACCUGGUGGAACCAUUGCUCAUGCUUUUGCACCAACGGAUGGGAGAUUCCAUUACGAUGCAGAUGAGCGGUUUAGUAUUGGUGCAACCCCGGGUGCAUUCGACUACGAGACAAUUGCUUUGCAUGAAAUCGGGCACCUUCUUGGACUUGACCAUAGCUCAGUUCCGGGAGCAAUUAUGGAGUCUACCAUCUCUAGUGGAGUAACCAAAGGCUUGCAUGCAGAUGAUAUCGCAGGAAUUAAAGCGUUGUACAAUGUUUGA